AUGCACAUGGAUGUCGUACUGUAGCUAUGUGGCAGUGGUGGAGUAAGGGGCCUGAUGGCACAUAGUGUCUUGUGAAAUCUGUGAAUGUAAUGGUUUUUCUUUCAUGUAUAAACUGCCUUCAUUUUGCUGGAACCCAGGCAGCAGCAAAUGGGGGAUCCAUAAUCAAAUGUAACUGAAUGUUUUUGGGGGGGUUCUUCGUGAUUUCACAGCCGAAUGUUCCGCCAUUACAAGCCUCUGAGCCUGUGUAGGGAUGUAUUUUGGAGUGGACUGUGAUUGAAUAAGUGUGGUGGGUUUCGUUAGUUGACGUGUUAAAUUUUGUAUGAUGUCGUUUUUCCCGUAAUUGUUUUGUUUUUUAGUUACUUAAUCAAUACACCGUCCUGCUGGCGGCGGUAAUGCAUCAUUAACAUUGGAUGCCAACUGCUGUUAAACUCCAUCGAAGAAGAAGGAAGACCGCACCUGAUCCUAUGCCCAUUUGGGGUGGCGCUGGACGGGUCCCAUCAAUAUCGUUCGAUCUUCUAAACAGUGCGCAUCUUAGGGGUUUCUGGACUUUUCUUUUUUUGAUAUAGUUUUGGGCGUGGACAUGGCACAUUUUAAAGAAGGCUAAUGAGAGCAGGGAUGUAGGUAUAUAACUAGCUAGGUGUUUAGUUAGGUAACUAGUGGUUUCUAGUUUAGCCACAUGGUGUACAUGUCCAGAACUGUCAUGCGACGUGGUUGUUGGGCUAAUGCGUUGCGAUUUCUUUCGGGCAUGGAUUACACAUUUCUACAAAGGUUUUACCCGGUUUAUUUUGACUCUGGGCAACCCAGUUCAACUUUGAUUUAACGUCGCAGGCUGGGGUUUGUAUUAGUCACGUGUUGGAAGUAAACGUUGCUUUUCACGAGGCGUUGAUGUUUAGCACGGUGGUAGUAUGAAUCUCACCACCCAAGUGACGGGAGAGCCAUGUGUGCCAGUGGAUCCUAUAGCACCCCUUCGACACCAAAAAGAGUUGGCAGAAGUUCCGUCAGGACGACGGUAACCCUGGACUUCAAUGCUGUCGUCAUGGAGAUGGUGUCUCUGUUCACCUCAGGAUGAUGAUGUGCUGACUGGACAGACCGAAGACCGUUGUCGUCACACACUGUUUCAUAACAGACAAAUCCUCUGACCGUGCCGAGUGGAGAGAGUCAUCCUGUCCAAAUGACCUGAGAGACGUCCAUGCCUUUCUCCAGCACCUCGUCACCAUACAGGUGGUAGGGAGAGAGGCUGCGUCAGAGGCCCACCUUUUGGCCCUGCUCAGCACCAGAGACCGCCUUGGGACACCUGCUUGUCUAACUCACUCCGGCUGCACCACACCCAGAAUAGACUAGCCAUGUCUGCUGCUGGUGGAGACAAACGGGUCGAUACAUCUAUCAUGCCGUUUCACCAAUCAGACGCGGACAAAGCGCCUGUCUAUCUCCGGUUGGUCGACAGAGACCGUUUGGCCACAAACGGCUACGACACCAAGUGGGAUGCGCCGUUUGACCCGGGGACAGCGAGGGUUACCACACCUACACCACAGAAACAGACCAGGAUCUCACAGCCCACUACACAUCGUAGGAAUUCAGUUGUCCCAGCCCACUACACUACUGGGGAAGUUUGGUAGUUGUCUGUCCCAGCCCACUAUACAUCAUAGGGAACUUAGUUUAGUAGUUCAUAGCCCACUAUACCAGCUGAGGAGUUUCCUCCCCCAGCCCACUACCAGCCCGGUAGGAGAUGGCUCUGACAGCCCACUAUACCAGCUGAGUAGUUUCCUCCCCCAGCCCACUACCAGCCCGGUAGGAGAUGGCUCUGACAGCCCACUAUACCAGCUGAGUAGUUUCCUCCCCCAGCCCACUACCAGCCCGGUAGGAAAUGGCUCUGACAGCCCACUAUACCAGCUGAGUAGUUUCCUCCCCCAGCCCACUACCAGCCCGGUAGGAAAUGGCUCUGACAGCCCACUAUACCAGCUGAGUAGUUUCCUCCCCCAGCCCACUACCAGCCCGGUAGGAGAUGGCUCUGACAGCCCACUACACCAGCUGAGUAGUUUCCUCCCCCAGCACACUACCAGCCCGGUAGGAGAUGGCUCUGACAGCCCACUACACCUCCAUAGGCCACUCGGUAGUAGUUCACCCCCCCCCCCCAGUCCCUUUUUACACCCCAGAAGUUCACAGCUAACUAUACCCAACAAGCAGGCCAGUAGUUGCCUCUCCUAGCCCACUACAUUACACAAGCAGUUAACUAGUUCCAAACCCUACACAGUUAGUGGUCUAUCGCCCUUGACAACGGAAGGUUUGGACUCUUAACCUCAGCGUUCAUUUUGAGGACGGUGGUGGCAGCCUAGAAGAGGCCUCAGGAUUAUUAUUUUUUGGGGGGGAUCUCAGGAACCUGUGGAGGCUUCAAUGACAGCAGCUAUAGUCCUCUCAGCUUUUUCCAUCUCUGCCUCAGAGGAGCUAUCCUUCCUAACCUCCUCACAACCUAAACGGAAGAAGUCUGGCAUGGGUCUCUGACCUCAGUAUUGGUUCCUUUUCAAACCAGAUGAUGGAUGAAACUAUGGUAGCUGUAUCCAGUGAGGAGGGAGGCGUAUCCAAGGGUGAAUAUGAAGUUUGCCGAACCCUUGGAAAGCCAGAGGCUGUCUUUUCUUUUGGAAAAGGCCGCCUCUAGGGAAGCCCUGAUGUGGAAGGUGUACGUGCCCAAAAAGCCAUCUCCCGGCAGUCAGGAUACAGACAUCUCCCCUGCCCAGCGUGAUGAGGCUGUGUGCUGGCUCAUUAACCUCCACAAUGACACCAAGCUAUAUCCAGAGACCCUCUCCCUAGCCAUCAGUAUUUUGGACAGGUUUUUAGGCACUAUAAAGGCCCGUCCAAAGUACCUCCGCUGCAUCGCCAUCGCCUGUUACUUCCUGGCUGCCAAAACCAGCGAGGAGGACGAGCGUGUGCCGUUGCUGCGUGACUUGGCCAGCAGCAGCAGAUGUGGCUGCUCCCCAUCAGAGAUACUGAGAAUGGAGAGGAUCAUUCUGGAUAAACUCAACUGGGACCUGCACGCUGCAACUCCGCUGGAAUUUCUACACAUUUUCCAUGUCAUGGUGCUGUCCUGCAAGCCACGGUUCAUGGUGGGUCUGGUGGGGUGUAACCCGGCGCAGCACCUGUCCGUGUUGACCCAGCAGCUGCACUACUGCCUGGCCGACAGCGCCCUGCUACAUCCCCUCUCCCGGGGAUCCAUGCUGGCGCUGGCCCUCAUCACCCUGGAGCUGGAGAAUAUCUGCCCUGACUGGCUGGCUCUCACGAUCAACCUGCUCAGGAAAACACAGAUUGACAGUUCUCAGCUGAUCCGAUGUCGAGAGCUGGUGUCACGUCACCUGUCCACACAGGAAGCUUCCCUGCCUCCCAACACUGUGUACAUCUACCAGUCCCUGCACCACAGUCUGGACCCGGACCCUUGCACCCGGGGAAGAGAGUCCGACACCAGGCUCCCAGACACAGACCCACCGGCGCCAUCCACGGCCCCUAGGGACAGGAGCCUCUCCUGGGUCUCCUCUACCACCCUGCUCCAGGUCCAUGGACCACCCAAACCCAGCCACCACUCCCACCAAGUCUCCCUGCGCUGCAAGCACUCAGCCAAGCGCAAGGUGAGAGCUUGGCUGCUUCAACAACCGGAGUGGAGGAGAUGGAGGUCGACGAAUUCUACGAGGGGAUCAAACGACUCUACAACGAAGAGAACGGGGGCGCUCCGGAAGGAACGGCGGUAACGGGGGAGGAGCCUCUAGAGGAGAGUCCUGUCCUAUUGGUCAGGAGGGAGGGCCACACCUCCCCCUGCCCCCCUCUCCAACCCGUCAGUGUCUCAUAGAGAAGAAGAGGAUGAAACCAAGGCCUUCUCUUCCUCUCUACCUGAGCUGCAAGGAAAAUAAGUCUCAGUAUUCAAUCUGUCACAUGGCAUUUAUCCACCAACCCCAGGCCUCGAUUGAGCCCCCAAAAAAAGUCACCAAAAAAAUAUGCUAUUUCAUAACUAUUUGUUGAGCACAAAUAUAAAAUGAUUAAAAAAAUAUAAAUAUAAUAUAAUGAUAUAAAUAUUAUCCUUCAAAAAAAAUAGGUCAAAUUACUACUUCUCCCUGUGAGUCUCUGUGAUGAUAUUUCUCUACGGUCAUGGCAUUUUAUUUCUGUUUUUGACUCUAACUAAUCUAAGUUUCAAUCAGUAUAUUUAUUUUUCUUUACCUUCCUCUUUUCCUGAAAUAAAAAAAAUCAUUCCCAGCAUGUUGUCUUUAACCCCUCACAAAACAUGUCACGUUAAGAGUUUGACUGUAAAAGCGUGUAGAACUAUGUUAACCUGAAGUACUGAAUGGUUUUUUUUUUCACGUUUAAUAAUGGAAAUAUCCCCUUCCACAACUUUCCUGUCUUUGUCCCGUCACAGUGUGCUGUAGUAGUUUAACCAAAGAAUGAACAUUUACAAGCUACUGUCAUUAAUGACGAUGCAUAAGUGAAUCAAUUUACCCGAUGAAGCAAUAUGUUUUAAGAUAAACAGCUUUGUUAAAAGAGGGUUUAUCCCAAGUGGCACCCUAUACCCUACAUAGUGCACUACUUUUUAGUAGAGGCCUAUGGGGGGGAAAUAGGGUGACAUUUCAGAUGCUAUCAAGAAGAGGGUUUGAAGAUGUAGCUACCAUAAUUCACCUUAUCUUUGCUGUUCAGAAACAACUUGCUGUUUUUUUUUUUGUUUAUUGCCAAAAGGCUCUUUGCUCUGGGGUGCUGGUAACUGCCGAUGUACUGCUGACAACUUGUGGCAUCAAUAAAACAAGUGAAAUAAUC